AUGACGAUUGGCAAUGAGGGAAAUGAUGCUGGAAAUGGACGAACUGAUGAUAAUCUAUCUAGAUUAGAAACAUGCAAAGAGUUGAGUGACAUAAGGCACGCGUUCCCCGUCUUAAGGUGUAAACACUUCACAGUUAUCUCACCAAACCAUCACCAACUAGCAAAAUCAGGACCUCUACUCUGGUUUCCCCGCACCUCCUUGUCACAAGCACUAAAGAGACGAUCCAUGAUUAAUUUAUUACGUGAACCCUUGUCUUCUCUCUUUGCUCCUCGCUAUCAUGACCAUAACAAAUCACUCGAAAUUCUCUUCGAUCGCUUGGUUCCGCUCACAUUAGGCGAAAUGCUUUACUGCAUUCAAGAAUUUGACCUUUCGGUGAAUAUCUGCACACUUAUAACAUGCGAUACAUUCCACGAAACUACCAUGUUGUGA